GUUCAAUGAACGGAUGCCAAUGUCUCUCGGGGUGUCUCCAGAGCUCGUUUGAAACAAUUUUCCCAGUCCUUUCCCCAGACAGAUGCCAGGCAGACAGCGUCUGACUUCAUGAGUUGACGCGAUCAACAUCAAAAGAUAACAGAGAAAACAGAACAAUCUCUUCAGGAGAAGUCUUCGUUUUCGACGAAGUGUUGUCUUCCUUGGUGCCCCUUCAAUGUCUGUGGCCUGCAUCUUUGUUCCUCUCUUUCGCCUUCGUUCCCUCUUCCAAGAAGUGGAAUUUCGAAAGUUUCUGCAUGCACCGGACUCUCCCCUCGGCGGGCCCCUGCGUUUCCUGCUUUCCACUCGCCUCCUUCUCCUCGAUGCCACUCAUCUCUCCCUCUCGUUUCUUUCUCCUAGGGCGUUCUCGGCUUCUCGUCUAUCGCUUACCCCCGCUUUCACGUUCUUCCUUUCCAAGACCGUCCUGUCACGUUCGCGCUCAAGACUCACGGGGAACAGCCGUUCUCUCUCCUUUUUUGGCCGCAGCACAGAGUCGCCAGAGCGUUUGUUCGUCGCAUCGGAAUGGCUCUCAACCGGUCUUCUCCCUCUCCUUCUGUCGAGGGCGCGGUGAGACACCUCAUGCGCGCGCUGCAGCAGCAUGAAGCCGCUGCUGAGGAGCUGAAGACGCAACUUGACCAGCACGAGGCCGCCUCGUCUCUCCUAUCUCACUACCUUUCUCCGUGCUUCCACGUUGGACCUCGCGAUGUCGCCCCGGGUGCUCCACCCUCCUCUCCGCCGUCAUGUUCUUCGCCCUGUUCUCCCAUUGACUCAGCAGCCGCUGCCGUCUCUGCGUCUCCCUGUCCCCGCAUUUUCAUCCCUCUCACGACCGAGGCUCUGCUUCCAGGCUGCCUCCUGCCGUCGGCCGCCCCGCCGCUUCUGCAUUUGGGCGGAGACUACCUCGCGACCUUCCGUCUAGGCCAUGCGUCUUGCUCUUCCACGCGAGCGCUCUCUUCUGCUUCUGCGUCACCUCCUUCAGCCGGGAGAAGCCAAGAGGCGCAGACGGGGAAGUGUAGAGAGAGCAGCGAGUGCGGGGCGUUGGGGCUCUUGAGCCGCCGAGAAGCGCUCUUGCGGGAACAGGAGAAAGUCGUGGACGACAAAGUCAAGAAGCUGCGCGCGCAGCUCCAGAUUGGCCAAGAAGAGCGCGUGCGAAGCGGCGCAGGCGCAGCAGCGUUCUCGGGUGGACCUGCUGUCGGGAAGCCGGGAGCGAGUUCCGCGGCAUCCGCAGGCGAAGAGCGCGAGCAGGCCGGAAAGAAAGGACAGGCUCACUUCACCAAAGAUGGUUUCGUGGAGAUCGUGGAGGAGUACACGAGCGACGAAGAGGAGCCGGGGAAAGAAGAACAAAGGCAGAGGCCGGUUGUGGCCGAGAGCGUCGACUCCCAGGAACUAGGCAGCGGCGAGUCGACUGCUGUCCGUCGUCUCUCGCUUUCACCCUCACCAGAGCGAGGCCCAGGUCCCGCGAUGAGCGUUUCAGAGGGAAACGAAUUUGAUGCGUAUUCCAGAGCCUCGGUCAGCCUCGCGAGAAGCACCGAAGGCGCCGGCAGGGGAGGUGAGAACAGACCGACAAACGCAGGACAUCCUGUCGGUUCGUCGCCAGGCGGCAAACCGGAGCCGCCUUUGGAUGCUGCAGCGGAAAGGAGCAGACGCGGAUCGACCUCGGCAGGCACAGAGAAGUUGUCGCCUUCUCCCGCUUGUCCGUCAACUUCCUCGCUGUCAGCGUCUGGUGGUGGAUUCGGCGCCGAGAGAGGCGACGGCGAAAAGGCUCGUUCUGCGUGCUCGUGGUCUCCCGCAGUGGCAGAACGCAUUGUGGAGCGGAGCGCCAGAGACGAGCGGGGAGACGCACCGGAGGCGGGACGCUUGCAUGCGCAAGUGAAGAACGAGAGCAGCGUGAAAAGAGGAGACGACAGGAGUCCGGGAUGCAGUCCGAGAGCAGAGAACACGAAACCAGAAGACGCACAACCGACCAAGAAAGUCUCGCUUUUCAAAGCUCUGAGGCAGCAUCCACAGUGCUAGAGAGACGAACCAGUGAACAAACAGAGGCGGAAAGGGGAUUAAAACAGAGGAUAAAAAUACCACGGCAGAGGUCCAGUGUUACGGUCGUAGACGCAAGAGCGACAGCAUGGAUGGAACUUCAAAUUGUGAAUGUGAUAACUGUUUUGCAUGCAUUCAUCUUAAUGAUCCAGAGAGUGCACCGCGCCGCGAAUCCCCACGAAGUGCAGGUGCUCGUCUCAAACCUCGUUCUGCACUUUGUAACUAUUUGUCAAGGACUGCAUUGAAGCGAGGUUGUGUCUCGGAACUUAAAAACAUGCACAUACACCAAAAGCACGCAACUACAUAUAUAUAUAUAUAUAUAUAUAUGCACGCAUUCGUGUGUGCGUAGAGACUGGUGCUAAAUGUCGACUCUUUCUCUGCUAGGAACUUUGGCUACAGGGGAAGAUACCCUUUGAGUGUGUUUGCGCUACUGGAUUUUUGAUCUGGUGAAUCGUUUUUUCGGUGUAACUACGAAACGCGGUGUUUUAACCAUUCUCGCGGCUAAAGAUGGCGUACCGCGAAACCUAAAGCUUUUUGCCCGCGCAAGUAUCUCGUAUCACGCGUUCUUCUUCGCGGCAGUCAUCACCUUAUGCCUUGCUAGCACGUUUGAACUCGACUCCGGUAACUCAGGACCGUGAAUAUGUAGCAUCAAUCCAAUUCGUGGGUCGACGAGGGAACUGUGUUUCAGAGUCACGAGGCAUUCAGUCACGUAAAAUUCGUGUAACCGCGGAUGUUUUUCCGGUCUUAAGAACGGCCCCUGCAUGUGGUGCAACAGAGCUCCAGAAUGGGCUCCCC